AUGAUACGGAGAGCUUCAAGGGCAGAGGACCCAGCAGCAUCCAGGAUGCAGGAACCUGAGUCGCCCCCGGGCUCUCCACCUUCCCCAGCCCAUCGGAGGAAGAAGCAGCCGAAGCGCACGGUGUACAGCAUAGAACAGCGGCUGCAGCUGGAGGAAUUCUACAAGAAGAAACGCUACGGGACCUACGAGGAACGCAAGGCCCUGGCGAAACAGGUGAACGUGCAGGAGCACCAAGUGCAGGUGUGGCUCAAGAACCGCAGGGCCAAAGACUACAGGCUGCAGCGACUGCGCGGGCAGCAAGUCCAGGAAGCCCACGCUGCGCUCCCAAAACCAGGAGUCUGCGCCCCUCAGCCUGCGCCUGCAGGCCCUGCAUUCCAGGGGGACCCUGUGCUCCCUACCAGCCCUGUGCUGCCUGCCACACCUGUGUUCCCUGAGGAGCCAGUGUUCUCAGCCGGCCCUGUGCUCCCCGCCGCCCCCCUGCACCACGGGGGCCCAGCUUUCUGCAGCCUCCCUCCGCACAGCCCCUUCGAAAGUCUUCCCUGA